AUGAAACUACAAGUGCCUUCUUCUCCUUCUCUUUCAAACUCAGCUUAUUCUUUGGCAAUCAGCGUCUCACUUGCCCGUUUUCCGAAAUCAUCUUCAGAGUCCGCCAAAGGCGGAUCCACAGAGGGAUCUGGGAGUCCAAAUGAUUCAUUUGUAGCUUUUGAUAAAGAGAAGCUUGUUCGCCUUGCUCAAAUGUAUCCUGAAGAUUUCACAGAUCGAGAGAGAUCGGUACUUCAAGAUCAACUUGAUAUUUACAUUCAUUUUGUGCGUUCUGAUAAUGAUUUUUCUCAAUUGCGGAGGAUUAAUGAGCUUGCUAAGAAAAUAGUGGAUAAAGGGUUGCAUCGAACAUUUGCAUAUGUAUAUUUGCUUGUUCAGUUGGCUUUGGUUUUAUCGGUUGCAACUGCUUCAGUGGAGAGGGCAUUUUCCGCUAUGAAUAUCAUUAAGGAUCCACUUUGCAACAAAAUGAGAGAUCAAUGGUUUGAGUGA